AUGCCAUGGCGUCGGUUUGGUGCGCCAGAGUCUCAACGCGGUAAAAUUGGGGCAGGUAUUGACUCAAUUGCAGUUUCCUCACUGCUGCUGGGGCCAACACCGUCGUUGAUGAAUCCCAUCACCAAUAUCAAAAGUCAGAACAAACUGAAUGAAGACGAGUUGAAGUUGGGUAUUUCUGGAGACUCGAGCAAGUCUUGGCAUCAGAAGUACAAAGAUUCUGCAUGGAUUUAUAUUGGAGGGUUGCCUUAUGAACUUACGGAAGGAGACAUCAUCACAGUCUUUUCUCAGUAUGGCGAAGUAGUGAAUAUAAACUUGAUGCGUCAUGGAAGCAGUGGGAAGUCGAGAGGGUUCUGUUUCCUUUGUUAUCAAGAUCAACGAAGUACAAUUCUUGCUGUUGAUAAUUUGAAUGGCAUAAACCUGUUAAGACGGAUGAUUCGCGUUGACCACGUAGAGCAGUAUAAAUUGCCAAAAUAUAAGGAGAGUGCUGAUACGGAAACGAAAAGAUUAUGGGAAGAGGGUUGUGCUCCGAAACCUCUUUGCAUGACUCACCAACGAAGGAAAAUUUCGGAUAAGGAGCAAAGUAUGAAUAAAAAGAAAGAAAAGGUGGUGUCGCUAAAGGAGAUCACCGAAUUAAACGACUUGAUGUGUACAAUUGAAGCAGACCGCAGGGAGAAGAAAAUGGAAAGGAAAAGGGCUAAAGCAGAUAAGAAGAAAUUAAAUAAAAUAAUAAAAGAUGAGAAACAUGCGCUUGAGGCUGACUGGAAAGAACAAGCUAAACUACUGGACAAAUCUGUUGAAUAUGGUGAGAUUUAUGAGUAUAACAAACACUUCAACUUCAACUUCGGUAAGAAGAAUGAAAGUGUUGAGGGACCCAGUCAUAACCCACGCCCUGAUUUUGAACAGGCUGACUGGCGCGACAUUGAAAUUUGGAAGAACACUAUGUUUCAAAAAGAUAUCGGUAGUACCAAAAAGCAUUCCACUUCUCCUUAUUUCUGGUCGUCGUUGCUAAUUAUAACUAGGAGCAGUGCAGGCGAUCGCAUCUGCUGCCCUUCCAUCAUUCUCUUCAGGCUGCACACGUGUUUUGGCCACUUUGUCUUGCUGGGUCAUAGUGGGACGGCCGUUACGAAAACAAGUUAG